AAUCAAUGAGAAUAAGGCAACACGUACACACAAGAGUGAAGAGUACAUAUGCACGAUACAACACACCAUGUCAAAAGAAAAAAAGAAAACAAUGAGCACCCAUAUUACAAAAUUACCCUACCUGUCUCGAUACCUCUAUCUACGUGACUAUACAAGCACAUACACAUUUGUAACAGAAAAAAAAAAAGAAAUUAAAAAAAUAAUACACAUAACAGAGGAUAUAUAUAUAUUUAUAAAUAAUACACAUAGAAGAGACCCACCUUGUUUAUUUGGGAAGGAGAAGGAAGAAACAGAGCAAGAAAAAGAAAGCAAUGGGAUCCUUAGUUCAUGUGAAAGAAGCCACAGUUAUUACUCCUUCCGACCAAACACCCUCUUCUGUUCUGUCUCUCUCCGCUUUAGAUUCUCAGCUUUUCCUACGUUUCACCAUCGAGUACCUCCUCGUUUACCCACCCGUUUCCGACCCGGAUUAUUCUCUCUCCGUUCGUCUCAAAUCCGCUCUCUCCCGCGCUCUCGUUCCUUACUUCCCUUUCUCCGGCCGCGUUCGUGAGAAACCCGACGGCGGAGGUCUCGAGGUCAAUUGCCGCGGCCAAGGUGCUCUGUUUCUUGAAGCCGUCUCUAACAUCCUCACGUGCCUCGACUUUCAGAAACCUCCCCGGCACGUGACUAGCUGGCGGAAGCUUCUCUCACUCCACGUCAUCGACGUCCUCGCUGGCGCCCCUCCUCUCGUCGUCCAGCUCACUUGGCUCCGUGACGGCGGCGCUGCUCUAGCCGUCGGUGUCAACCACUGCGUCUCCGAUGGAAUCGGCAGCGCCGAGUUUCUCGCCUUGUUCGCGGAGUUAUCUAAAGACUCGCUGAGUCAAACCGAGUUGAGGAGGAAACACCUCUGGGAUCGACAAUUGCUUAUGCCGUCCCCUGCUCGUGACUCGUUGAGCCAUCCCGAGUUCAACCGAGUUCCCGAUCUAUGCGGAUUCGUAAACCGAUUCAACGCCGAGCGGCUCGUCCCUACAUCAGUUGUCUUCGAGAGACAGAAGCUUAACGAGCUAAAAAAACUCGCGAGUCGACUCGGUGAGUUCAAUUCGAAACACACAUCGUUCGAGGUACUCUCUGCACACGUAUGGAGGAGCUGGGCGAGAUCACUGAACUUGCCAUCGAACCAGAUCCUUAAGCUUUUGUUCAGCAUCAACAUUAGAGACCGAGUCAAACCGAGUCUUCCCAAUGGAUACUACGGGAACGCAUUCGUCGUCGGAUGUGCGCAAACCACCGUGAAAGACUUGACGGAUAAAGGAUUAAGCUACGCGACGAUGCUCGUGAAACAAGCGAAGGAGAGAGUCGGCGACGAUUACGUCAGAUCGGUGGCUGAAGCUGUGAGCAAGGAGAGAGCGAGUCCUGACUCGGUUGGUGUCUUGAUACUGUCGCAGUGGUCACGUCUCGGGUUAGAGAAGCUCGAUUUCGGUUUGGGUAAACCGAUUCAUGUUGGAUCGGUUUGUUGCGACCGUUACUGUUUGUUACUUCCGGUUCCUGAACGAAGUGACGCCGUUAAAGUAAUGGUCGCCGUUCCGUCAAGCGCCGUUGACGCCUACGAGAAUCUUGUGAUGAGUCCUAACGCAUAAAAUUAGAGAAAAAGGAUAAUAAAUUCUAAUUUUUUUUUUCUUUACCUUUUUACUUUUCACUUUAAAAAAAAUAAAAGUACUAUGAACUCUCAUCCGUUGACUUGUAUAAUAUGAGUUUUGACUUUAUUUUA